AACCCUAAUUAUAAACCCCGUACCGUCUUCAUCAACAAAGCUGCCAGCGGAUAGUACGUACUGCCUGCCAUGACCUCUUCCGAUGGGUUAUCGCGUAAGAAGCAGAAGAGAGGCGGCAAAUACAGUCUCUCGGACCUGAAAAUCCUAGGCCAACAGCUCCUCUCCUCGAGAGCUCACGUUAACAAUCUACCGAUUCUCCUCUCUUUCAUCAGCCCGUCGUCUCCUCCACACUACGCCCUUGAAUCUCUCCUCUCCUUGCAGUCGUUUUUCACCCCUUUACUCCCGGAACUCCCUUCGUCUGCUUUCUCCAAGACGUCCAGUGACUCAAAUGCGGACCCUGAAUUCAUCUACCGCACGUGGCUUCGCUCCAAGUUCGACGACCUCGUGCAGUCCCUUAUUGAAGUUUCUAUUUCCUCCCAAUCUGAGGAUACUCUUCGUGAAGUUGUUCUGGAGACAAUUAUGGAGUUUGUCAAAGUGGGUAAUGGGGGAAAGUUUCAUUCUGCUAUUUAUCACAAGCUUCUUCAUUCCAUUGUCCACUCAACGUUGACUGUCGGUGAUUCUUUAUUAGAUUUGCUUGCAUCGAAGUAUUUCAAUUACAUUGAUGUCCGGUAUUUCACUUACAUUAUACUGGAAAAGCUGGCCCGAACCUUGGAGGCAAAAGACAAGAAGGGAACUUCCGGCAUUUACAAUGGGAGCCAGUCAAUUACGAGCGUGGAGCAUUCUAUUCACAAGAUACAUAAUUUGCUAUCUCAUAUCCCAUCUCUAGAAGCUUCAGAUGAAAAUUCGGAAUGCGAAAUGUGGAAUGGUUUAGGUCGAAAAUAUUAUGGUGAAUGCAAUCUCUUCAUUUACCUAAGCGGUGGCCAAAAGACUUACAUGAUCAUCGUUGUUAGUGAUUGGUUCCAUGAAAAAUUUAGUUAGCAAGAUUUAACUAUAUCACGAUAUCUUUAGCAGCGAAGAACAAUAAUUGCACCUUGCUAAAUGUUUUGGAAGUUUUGAGGGAAGGCUUCAGAUGAUUCUAUACUUUGAUAUCCCGAGUAUUAUUCGUGGUCAUCCACCUUUCAAGGAAAAAUAAAACUAAGCCCUUGGUUAAGCCUCAUUUUUUC